UAGCCCGGAAGUAAGCGCAGCUUGUUUUGUAAACUUCAUUCACAACCAAAGAUAUAGCAGAAGAGCCAGAAGACUCUUCUAAUCAUGGAUAGCGAAGCCCUCGCUCAGACACAGGACUGGAAGAACACGAAGGAGGCGGCGAGGAAAUUUCGGCAACUGCUACUUUGCUCCAAAUGCACGAAUAUGAUGACGGAACCUGUGUGUCUAGGAAUGUGCGAGCAUAUGCUGUGCAGGUCCUGUGCUGGCCCCCAGGCAGGAGAUGGCUGUGUGGUGUGUCAGAGUCCUGCGUGGGUGAAGGACAUCCACAUCAACAGGCAGCUCAGCAGCAUCAUACAGCUCUUCUGUGGUUUAGAGUUCCUGCUCCAUCCCAUAGAACAACCAGAUUCUAAGAAACAAACACAACCUCGGAGCCCUGUCUUUAAGCAAAAGAAGAACUUCAAGAUCUGGUUCAGCCCACGCAGCCGCAAGGUACGGUGCAUGGUGGAGAAACCUUCAGAGGUCCUUGUACCGGAGAGCACGUCUUCUCGAGAAAUGGCUGCAUCACAGCAAGACACCUGUACUGCUCAAUGCCAGGACCUGUCAGUUUUCAAUUUCACCUCGUCUUCCCCCGACUCUGGCUCAUCCUGUUCUCAAAAAUGCAAAAAUGAAGACAGAAAGAAGGGGUCAACUAAGAAAAAUGUUGCCAUCAGGAAGGUGUCAGUGCAACGAGCCACUAGGACGACGCGAAAACGGAACAAGCAAAAGACGACGACGUGCAGACUGGAUGCUAUAAACCAGCAAUGGGGGAUUCCGAAGGAGGCAGAUGCUUUACAAGUAAAGGAGCAGCACUUAGCUGAAGGGUCAAGGAGGUCUAGUAAAAGAGUUUCCUUCCAUAGCCCUGCUGUCACGUCUGACGAGCCUCAGCCUAAAGUACCGCAGGGGAGUACUAAUGAACUCAGCCCUGGCAGAAGCACUAUGAGGAAGAAUCUCUUAGAAGGCAGCGUCGCUGUCCUGAACGAGCAAACCCAGCUUGGUCAGAGAAUAUUGGACAGUGUUGGCCAGCAUGACAAACUGUCUGAAACUGACAGUCCUGAAAAAUGGGACAGUGUGUCGGUGUCUCCCCCAAAGCAUUCAUCAAAAAGAUCCAGAGUGGAGGAGAAGGCUGCCACAUUGGAGACCACACCAAAAAGGCCCAGGGCUUCCCCAGGCAGGCGGAUAAAAUCCCAGAUGUCUCCAGCUGUCCUUAACCCUCUUUCUUUGGCUAGCCCCAGGUGUGAUAAGAGCAUCAACAACUCAAGACAAGAGCAAGGAGACAGCCCCUCUGUGCGAGCCUCUGUUGGUAGACAAUCUCCUUGUUCUCCGGUUGCAUCUGUUGGACGACCCACCUCAGGGAGCCCUGCGGUUACGAAGCGGAACCACAAGGGAGAGACCCUGCUGCAUCUGGCUGCUAUAAAGGGAGAUGUAGAGGCUGUCAAGGAACUGCUGGACCAGGGGGCUGACCCUAACCUGAAGGAUAACGCUGGGUGGACUCCUCUGCACGAAGCGUGUAACCUGGGUCACCUGGUGAUUGUGGAGGUAUUGGUCUCCAGGGGAGCCCUGUUGAAUACACCUGGCUAUGAGAAUGACUCUCCGCUCCACGAUGCUGUGAGGAACGGACAUCCAGCCAUUGUCAAACUGCUGCUGCAGUUUGGAGCCUCGGGGAACAUACUUAAUCAGUAUGGAAAGCGGCCUGCUGACUACGCAGUGGGUCUGGAGAUGCUGGAGAUUUUCCAAGAAGCCUCAAAAGGAACCCAAUAUGCUAAUGCUUCUCUUAGCCCCUCAACCAGUCUCUCUAUGGUGAGCAACUGUGUGAGGAGGGAUGAAAUGGUGUUUCUGGCCAGCAAGCUGUCACCACCAAAGCAGGUUCAAGUGGCCAAACUGGGAGAGCUUCUGGGAGGGAGACUGGUUGACACCUUUUCUGGAUUAGUGAGCCACGUUGUGGUGCCUGAAGGACACAUCCCCACCACCAACUCCACACUCCUUGGUCUUCUCGCUGGCUGCUGGGUUGUCAACUUCAGCUGGGUGGAGGCAUGUCUGCAUGAAGGCGAGUGGGUUCCAGAAACUGAGCAUGAAGCGGGGGAAGGCCCCCAGCGCAGUCGCAUCAACAGAUGUAGCUUGCUCCCGCCGCUCUUCGAUGGCUGUUUCUUCUUCCUCCUUGGCUCCUUUAAGACACCUUCCAAAGACGAGCUCACCAAGCUGCUCCGGGAAGGAGGAGGUCAACUCCUGAGCCGGCAGCCCAAGCCCGAUAGCGAUGUAACACAAACCCUGAGUGCCGCUGCCUACCACGCACUGCCCGGCUCUGACCAGGCCCUCUGCACCCAGUACAUCAUCUUUGACCCCCAGGCCCCUCACAAGCCGGCCGUAACGAGGAGAGGUAAGGUGUGGUCAGCUCCCUCCACCUGGCUCGUCCACUGCAUCUCAGCCUUCCGGCUCCUCCCCGUCUCGGGCUAUAUUCAAUAAUAAUGUUGCACUGAAAAAUCACUUGUCCUCAAGCAUGUUCAUCAUGAUUUUUUUUUUUUUUUUAAAUGUGCCACAAAUCACAUGAACAUUAAAACAAUUAUGUGGCUCUUAAAAUCUGAAAUUAAAGUGCUAAUCUACACUGAUUGUCGAUUUUUAUUUUUCAUUAUUUUUGUGAUAAUGUCAAGUGCAGAAAAAUGUAAAAGUCAUGGAAAAUUGUUUUACAAGUAACUAACAGAUUUCAAUGUAGUUCAUUUAAGAUUAAUGGAAGAAUCUAUACAUAUUUUACAAGAAUACUUUAAUAUUUGGGCAAGUCAGUUAUGCUACAUUGUUCUCUGCGUUUAGAAACAUUUAAAAUGUUAUUAUCUUCAUUAUACACUGAUGUCCCAGAGAAUGUAUGGUCAUGAAGAUUGGUUUCAAAAGGCAUGGGACAAUCUUGGAAAUGUAUUUGUAAAAAUGUGAAUGAGCCUUGUAUUACUGCACAGUUUAAACCAUUGUUUGCACUGUGAGUUCUUGGUCUGUCUCUGGUUUUCCGCCCAGUUGGACAUGAGUUCAGGAGGAAUCUUUUCCAGAUCCACCGGACCACCUUAAUGGACUCCUUUGAACACAAAAGGGCAGCUCCUUAUCUCUGCGCUCCAUCCACAGUCCUCAAUAUAUUUCUAAAGGUGAUCCUGGCUCCACUCAGAAGGAAACUCAUUUCAGUCGCUUUAUCUGAUUCUUCCAGUCAUUAACCAAAGCUGUUGGCUGGAGGUGAAAGUUGGAAAUGGGUUACUGGUAAAUCGCUCCCUCUUCACCAUGACACGGCCCUUGACCAACCUCUCGAAUGAAACAUUUACGCAAUUCCAUCUGUGCGUAACACACGAGUUAUGUGGUUGUGUGAUUUUUAGAGUGGCAUUGCAUUCCAUAAUCUGGAUUGGUUUACCAGGAAAAGAUAAUUACCUAAUUAAGAAUGCCUGUCCCCGAAAACAAAUCGAUGGCGAGGCCAUGGGAUAGAAUAGGAAAAACAAAGCAAUUAAUUGUUUCCUCACCAGUACUGGCACUUUUGGUGUCCACCUUUUUUGUACACAAGGAGUGAGUGUGUACGUUCCCCAACACCACCGCUGGCCUGAAGCCGUGUGCUUUUAGAGUCCUUCUGCUGGCCAUCUCCCAAUAUGCCAUUUUCAAAGGGAUUAGUCAGGGAUGCACCUAAUUGCUAUUGAUUGCUAUGUGCUGCAUAAAAUUGCUUCCCUUUUCUUGUCCACGGCGGGAGGUUGGAGAAGGCAAUUAGUGUGGACGAGAUAGAAGCCCAGACGGACUUGUAAUGAAAUAGAAUGCGGGAAUGAACCUGUGAGUCAUGCCCUUGAACUCACUCAGCAAUACAAAACCAUUACGGAUUGGGAUUAUUAUUAUUAUUACUACUUAUUUUCUCUCAACCAGCCCCAUGAACAUAUUGUAUUACUUUUUUUUAUUUUUAUUGUGAAAUGUUCUGUUUAUAGAAAGAUUACCUGGAGUUUUGCUUUUAUUCUGGCUCCGCUGUAAAGUUUCAGAUUGUUGUUUGUCUGUUUAAUAAAUUAAA